AUGGAAAUUCAUGAACAACUAGAGACUGGAUUGAAAAGAUUGCAUUUGGCUAAGAGUCGUAAGCCUGGAACUUACGUCCGUCUUACUCAGCAAUUCUUAAUUCAAGUUUGCGAUUUGGCUCUUCCUGUUUUUAAGAAUGAAAAGUUUAUUCUCAAAUUAUCAGCACCAAUACAUGUUGUUGGUGAUAUACACGGCCAAUUUUACGAUUUAUUGCGCAUGUUUGAUUUAAUCGGCUUACCAACAAAUGAAAAAUUUUUAUUUUUAGGUGAUUACGUUGACAGAGGAACUCAGUCGAUAGAAGUUGUAACGUUAUUGUUUUUAUACAAGAUAUUGUACCCAGAUAACAUUUUCUUGCUUCGCGGAAAUCAUGAAACAGCAGAAAUUAACGAAAAUCAAGGCUUUAAAGCAGAGUGUACCAGUAGGUAUUCUCAUCGAUUAUGGCUUGCUUUUAAUGAAGUCUUUAAAUAUUUGCCAAUAGGAGCAGUGAUUGGCGACAAGAUUUUUGCUGUUCACGGAGGUAUAUCGCCUGAAGUUACAGAUCUUUCAUUCUUUGAUUCAGUUGAAAGACCAAUUGCAUCACCAGUUGGAGCAAUUUUAGAUUAUAUGGUUUCUGAUCCAGAUCCAUACAAACUUAAAUGGGACAAAAAACCUCGUGGAGCAUCAUACGUUUAUGGUGCCCCACAAAUUCACGAAUUUUUAGAUGCAAAUAAUUUAGAAGUACUAGUUAGAGGUCACGAGAUGGUUGAAGACGGAUUUGAAUUCCCCUUCGAGCCUGAUCGUUGUACUGUUACAGUAUUCUCAGCCCCUUAUGGGCAAAGCAAUAAAGGCGCAGUAAUGAAUAUUGAUCAGAACUAUUGCUGUACUUUUACUGAAAUUCCACCACUAGAAAGACGCAUUGGAAGAGGAAGAAAUAGCAUUCUUGAUGAUAUUCUUGCUCCAAUGACAAGUCUUUCAAAAUCAUUGCCAAAGAAAACCUGGUAA